UGCACCGCAAAGGGAUGACUCGAAUGCAAGCGGGGUGGAACAGUUCUGAGUAAUUGGGCUACGUUUAAAAUCCAGAUCCAUCCUGAUGGAUGCGGCUAUUAAUUCGCCACUUGACAGCGGCUCUCUGGGAGUGGGCCUGUCGGUCGUCGGCGGGAUGGAGCCAGGUGUGACGACCAGCUCGGGCAAGCGCAUCCGCAAGCCCUCGCUGCUCUUCGAGGGCUUUGAGAGCCCUGCGCUGCCCACCGUGCCCCUGCCGCCGCCCCCACCCUCCGGCCCCACCAUGCCCACGCAGCCGCUCCAGCCCCCUGUCAGUGACCCCUCCCGGGGCGGGCGUGUUACCAACCAGAUUCAGUUCCUCCACAAGGCCAUGAUCAAGGCCCUGUGGCGCCACCACUUCGCCUGGCCCUUCCACGGGCCUGUGGACGCCGUGCGCCUCAACCUGCCGGACUACCAUAAGAUCAUCAAGCAGCCCAUGGAUCUGGGCACCAUCAGGAAACGGCUGGAGAACAACUACUAUCGUAGCGCAAGCGAGUGCAUACAGGACUUCAACACUAUGUUCACCAACUGCUACAUCUACAACAAGCCCACAGAUGACAUAGUGCUGAUGGCCCAGUCUCUGGAGAAGGCCUUCCUGCAGAAGGUGGCCCAGAUGCCGGAGGACGAGUUGGAGAUCGCCCCUCCGGCCCCCCGCAGUAGGCCCACCAAGCCUGGGAGAGGGCGCAAGGGCAGAGGAGUACGCCAGGGACACGGGGGAGUGAGUACGGCUCACCAGGUGCCGGCCGUGUCCCAGUCGGCCUACUCCUCAUCCUCGUCCCCCGACACGCCGGGCUCCCGCUACCCCACGCCCCCACAGACGCUGCUGACCAAGAGCCUCCCGCCCCCCACUGUGCUCACGGGGCACGGCGUGCUGGGCCUGCCCCCCCACACCCAGCCCACCGCAAAGAAGAAGGGCGUGAAGCGUAAAGCGGACACCACCACCCCCAGUACCGUGGUCUACCCCUCCCUGGGCCCGCCGCUGUCCCAGGCCCGCAUCGGCGGCAUGGGCAAGGGCCAUGGCCUGACCCCCGACGCGCCGCUCUCGCUGGCGCCCGUCUCGGUGGUGGAGCUGCAGCCGGCGGUGCCCGCCAAGAUGCAGGCGCGGCGGGGGGGCAGCGGCCGGCCCAUCAAGCCCCCCCGCAAGGAUCUGCCGGACUCGGUGCGGCCGCCACCGGGCGGGGCGCGGCGCCGGGCCAAGCUGAGCCAGCAGCUGAAGUACUGCAACGGCAUCCUGAAGGAGCUGCUGUCCAAGAAGCACGCCGCCUACGCCUGGCCCUUCUACAAGCCCGUGGACGUGACCACGCUGGGGCUCCACGACUACCACGACAUCAUCAAGCACCCCGUGGACCUCAGUGUCGUCAGGAGGAAGAUGGACGAACGGGAGUACCGAAACGCGCAGCAGUUCGCCGUGGACAUCAGACUCAUGUUCUCCAACUGCUACAAGUACAACCCGCCGGACCAUGAUGUGGUGGCCAUGGCUCGCAAGCUGCAGGACGUGUUUGAGUUCCGCUACGCCAAGAUGCCGGAUGAGGUCCUGGAAGAGGAGGACGAGGAGCUGGCCGCCAUGCCCGUGGGCCGCGGCAGCAUGGGCAUGCUGGGAAGGCACUCCUCGUCGUCUUCGUCGUCCUCCUCCUCGUCUUCCUCGUCGUCAGAAAGCGAGCCGAGCAGCGAGAGUGAGAGCGAGAGCAGCCCCAGCUCCGACAGCGAGGAGGAGCGAGCGCACCGCCUCGCCGAGCUUCAGGACCAGGUCUGCACACAGCUCAGAGCGGUGCAUGAGCAGCUGGCUGCACUCUCCCAGGGCCCCAUCAUCAAGCCCAAGAAGAAACGAGAGAAGAAGAAGGACAAGAAGAAGAAGAAGAAGGCGGACAAGCGCAAAGCCGGUCGCAAGAACCUGGAGGAGGAGAGAGAGCGCGAACGCGAGAGAGAGAGGGAACGAGAGAGGGAGCGAGAGAGGGAACGGGAACGAGAGAGAGAGAGGGAACGGGAACGGGAGCGGCUGAAGGCGGCCAAAGCCGCUAAGGUCAAGAAGUCCUCCACACCGGGCAAGAAGGGGGCCGCCAAGAAGAGCAACAAGACCAACAAACCUGCGAAGAAGGCCCCGGCUAACGUGUACGCGCCGCCGCACUACGACUCGGAGGAGGAGGAGGAGACCAGCCCCAUGUCGUACGACGAGAAGCGGCAGCUGAGCCUGGACAUCAACAAGCUGCCGGGCGAGAAGCUGGGCCGUGUGGUGCACAUCAUCCAGGCGCGCGAGCCCUCGCUGCGCGACACCAACCCCGAGGAGAUCGAGAUCGACUUCGAGACGCUCAAGCCGUCCACACUGCGUGAGCUUGAGCGCUACGUCAUGACCUGCCUGCGCAAGAAGCCCCGCAAGCCCUACGUGGUAAAGAAGGUGAGCGGUGGGAAGUCCAAAGAGGAGCUGGCUCUGGAGAAGAGGAGAGAGCUGGAGAGGAGGCUGCAGGACGUCAGUGGCCAGCUCAACUCCGCCAAGAAACCCCAGAAGCCCAAGGUGGAGAAGCCCAAUGCGGCGGAGACUCAUCCGGUGCCCUCUCGUCUCAGUGCCAGCAGUUCCAGCUCGGACUCUUCGUCGUCUUCCUCCUCCUCCUCCUCUUCUUCCGACACCAGUGACUCGGACUGAGCCUGCACUCCAACAGGAAAAGAGAGGGUGUGAAUGAAAGAACAAAAAAAGAGAGAGAGAGAGAGAGAGAGAGAGAGAGAAAGACUGGCAGAACUCAGGGAUCAGACCAGGUCCAGAAGGAGUGAGGGUUCAGGGUGGUGGACUACAGGGGCUAUACCAUGGGGAGAGGAGGAGGAGGAGGAGGAGGAGGAGGAGUAGUAGUAAGAGACACAUCAUCUCCCCAGCAUGUGCAGAGGAGAUGGAACAGCCCCCUUAGACCCUGGUACCCACCCCCCUGACUGCAAGACCCUUUCUUAGCAGCCUGUCGACACUCUUGGUUUCUGUGUAAAUAGCUGUACAGAUUAUAAGGAUUAUAAUUUUCUUUCAUAAAGAAGCAUUUUAAGGAGCAGCCCAUAGUGGGAGAGAACAAGAAGAGCGGAGGAGAGGAAAGAAGAGAAGAGAGUGUGGUGGGGACAUCAAGAAGAGCGGAGGAGAGGAGAGAAGAGAGUGUGGUGGGGACAUCUGGACGAUUAGUUCCUCUGAGCUGUCAAUCAGCAGCUGGGACACCCGAAAGGAGUUUUUUUUUUUUUUUUUUUUUUUUUUUAUAUAGGUUUUGUUUGAUUUUUUUUGUGUGUUUUCUUUUUUUUCCCUUUUCUUUUUUUUGUCAGUGUUAUUGCUUAUGAACCUGCACCCCCUCCCCUCCCUUUGCUGCAAACACUAAGAGCAUCUCAGCUGGAUACGAGCUUGUGAUGUUGCAUUGCUUAGUUGUGACGGUCAUCCGUCUGGGGACACAGAACAGCCCUCGCUGGAGUGGUUGUAGGCGGUGGUCGUUACAGUAAAAGAUGAACAUGUAAAUGAUACGGUGAACUUCCUUUCAGAAGCACAUGUCCAUUAUAAAUACGGAGGUUCUUUCAAUUCACGAUCUAGGGUCAUUUAAAGUCAUCUGUCCUGUCUAGCACCUCCUACAUUGUACAACACCUGAAAAUGUGAUCUCAUACUGUAUGAGAGAAUCACCGGUCACAACCAUUUGAAAUGGAAGUCUUUGAUGUGUUAGCAGUGAAGUGUUUUAGCUUAUAUGUCUGUGUCCCCUAUACGUACAGUGUGUGCAUCACUUUGGUCCAGCUUUUGAUGUGUUUCUAAUAGAUUACACUAUUCAUUUUCCCCCAAUUUUUUUUGUUUUGUUCUGUCCUGUCAAUAUUGUCUUUACCCGAUACUGGCUUGUAGAAAACAAUCUACAGUUGUUGUUUUUUUUUCACUGUCUGGCUGUUUUUGACUGGCCAGGGAUGGCAGAAGCUAUUUUCUUUUGCUGCUGUUUUCAUAAGAGCACUCUCACCUCACAUCUCUCUUUGAACCACAGAUAUGUCAUCUGUGUCUGGGGUCGGUACUGUAAAAAAACAAAAAAAAAGUUGGAAUUGGACACUCUAGUGUCGGCUUGUCUGAACUAGAGGGGAUGGUGCUAGUUUACGCUUGAUUUUUAUGCUCGACUUAGCGAACUGUAUUAUUUGUACUAUGUUACCUCAGGACAAGACACAUUAAAUGCUAACGCAUUAGCAAGGACACAUGUACAGAGAAAAAAAAAGACUUAAGCUAAAAGAACUGGUCUUCACGCCAUUCCUUGUAUAACAGUUGUACUGUAGAUCAUGUUUCUAUUUGUGACUUCUAUUUUUUUCUUUUUGUUUUUUUCCCUCCCUUUUCAGUAAAAAAAAAAAAAAAAAAAAUGUUAGACUAUCCGAAUAUCCAUUGUUGAGUUUUUGAAUAUUGUACAACUUGGUUUAAUAUAGCUUCUGGCUGCAUCAACAAACAUCAUCUCUCGGCUGUACAUAUUAAAAGAGAUUUUGUUCUUUAAAAA